CAAGUAAACACAGAGCGAGUCCUCUCUUCCCCAAGGGGUGGGCCUGCGCAUGAGCAGUAGCUUCAGCUCUGGAAAGAUGGCGGAAGAACAAAGAAAAAAGAUCCCCUUGGUUCCAGAAAAUCUCCUGAAAAAGAGGAAGGCUUAUCAAGCCCUCAAAGCCACCCAGGCAAAGCAGGCGCUUUUGGCAAAGAAAGAGAGAAAGGUAAAAGAGAUCAGAUUUAAGCGACUGGAAUCAUUCCUGCAUGAUUCCUGGCAUCAGCGACGUGACCAGGUACGAGUGAAACGACUAAAAGUGAAACCUCGAGCUUUGGAAGCACCCGAUAAACAUUCCUUGGCCUUUGUUGUCCGCCUCCAAAGAAUUAACGGGUCAAGUUUACUGGUACAGAAUACCAUCGCAAGACUUCGCCUGAAGAAGCUGUUCAGUGGUGUCUUUGUUAAAGUCACCCCACACACCCUCAAAAUGCUUCGUGUCGUGGAACCUUAUGUGACCUGGGGAUUUCCAAAUCUGAAGUCUGUCCGGGAACUCAUCUUGAAACGUGGACAGGCAAAGGUCAAGGACAAGACCUUCCCUCUGACGGACAACACCGUGAUCGAAGAGCACCUGGGCAAGUUUGGUGUGAUUUGCCUGGAAGACCUCAUUCAUGAAAUGGCCUUUCCGGGGAAGCAUUUCCAGGCAAUCUCCUGCUUCUUGUGCCCUUUCCACCUCUCUGUGGCCCGGCACGCUACCAAGAACAGGGUGGGCUUCCUCAAGGAGAUGGGCUCACCUGGCUAUCGGGGCGAACGCAUCAACCAGCUCAUCCGCCAGCUGAAUUAGUUCCAGAAUAUCAAAGCACAAUUCCUUGGAAGCAUGUGUUUUUGUUUUUUGGAACUGUUACCAAGUAUCUUCAGAGAAGAGGAUUUUCUGCCUUCAGAGACUGGAAGGAAGCAGUCCGGGAGGUGGCAGGUUAUGGUCACGGCAGGCACCUCUCAUCACUGCCCAGUUUCACAGAAAAGUUCCAUUGCUUUCCACAUUGUCCGUCCUUUCGCCACCACUGCCACUGAAAUCAGCACAUGUCGUGGGGAAAGGAGUCCUGUUUUGUUGCAUCUUCUGCCCUGGGGUUUGGUGUCAGUGAAUGAAUAACCUGACCACAGAUAAUGAGGCUCCCUGUGACUUGUAGCAGUGCACCCAGCCCAGAGGUGAACUUGCAUCUGGGCUUCCAGGGCUUUCUUUCAAAGACUUGAAAUAUAGUUACAAAGAUCACAAAAGCGAGUGUUCACAUGUCUCUGUCUUGAGUCCGUGCUCCAGCUUUGUGAGGUCUCAGACUGCCUGCCUGGCUGAAGUGGCCCUUGUACUUGGCUUCUUCUCUCUUAACUCACAGUUCCCAGAAGACAGACAUUCACUGGAGUUUGGUGGGGAUUUCACGGUGUCCUGGAGUGCUCUUUCAGGACCUGAGCAUCAUGUAUAAAGAAGCCCAGUUUCUGUUGGUGUUGGUCACCCAGGCCCUGAGCUAGCUGAUUGUCUGGUUAUGUCCUGUAGAAGACCGGAGGUUACCAAGCCAGUUGGGUGCUUCCUGUUAGCUUCGUUACAUUGUGUUGCCUUCUGCAACUGAGAAAUCUGUAACUGAGAAAUGCCCACCUUGUUUUUCAAGGACUUUAGGGUGUAAUUUCCAGGUUUCCCUGAUGAUUGUCUCCUUAAAAUCCAGGCAGGAAAAGCCUAUUAUGUUCUUGGUUUGGCAUUGAUGAAAUUAGCUUUUUAGGCUGUGGGCAGGCAGGGUAUUUGGUUGGAUCUUUUACUUGAAUAUUUUGGACUCAAAAGAAUUGGACUUUGUCCUGAUAAUGAUGGAAUAUACCAGGAACAAGGGUUCUGGGAAUAUGAAUCUGAAAAGUCCUUACUGCUACAAGUUGCUGCUGGGUAUUUCAUUUCAUAGAUCUCUGAAGUCUUUGUGGGGCCAGAUUUUAUCAUCAGACCUUCCUUUCACUGCCUGUCUGGAAAAUGGCUGAGAACUGUAAAAAUGUCACCUAGAUCCCAGGGUAUGUGAUGCUGGGUGGUUUUCGGCGGUGGGGGGGUUGUUUGUUUUGUUGUUUUGGGGU